AGCGGUUGACAGGAGUGAGAGAAGUGGUUUGAUUUUAUUUUUGUGCUUGUGAAUUAAAGCUUUGCCUUCUGGCUAGGUUCUGAGUUCCCUCGUUCUGGAAGAUAUUGGAGCAUUUUGAAUUCAGAAUAUGUAGUUACAAAUAUAAGGGCACAGACUUCUUCCAGUAUUUUUCUGCUUUCAUUUUAAUUUGUCUUUGUGUUUCUAAUCGGAAGCAAGCAAGAGAACAGUUUGAAAGCAGUGUCCAGUGCUGGAGCACAAUGCAGUUCAGGAUAUUUAGAGCUAGUCCGCUGCAUUUUUAUUAAAUGAGAGGGAAGGAGUAGGUGGGACUUUUUAUUUAAAAAUAGAUUAGCACAGGGAACUGAACUUGCAUUUGAGGAAACGUUAAUAAGCCAGCCAGCCAUUGUCCUUAAUCAGAGACUGUAUUUGUAAGUAGAACAUGUUGAAUCUGUCAUGAUUGAUGACGUUGUCUUUGUUAAAAGGGAUGCUGCAUCUUUAACAAGAGCAGACAGAAGCAGUGCAGAAUCUACAGUAAAUUUGAGACUUGGAAGAGAAACCUUUCCUCAUUUUUCUGUGUAUAACGUUGGUAAAAUAUUGAAUAGGAAAACAUCAAAGCCAGGGGGAAAUAUAAGUAACUCACUGCGUAUGUUUUAAUUCCUCACCUUUCCCUUCUGGCUGAGUUCCCCCUCCUUUUUCCCCCCUGAAUUUAAAAUGCUGGAAGGAAAAGCAACUGAGGUCCAAGUUUCAGAUGCUGAAUUCUCUGCUAAUUGAAAUUACUGGGCAUAUUUCUAUAUAUAGUCGCUGAAGAGAGAUGUAGCUUUCACUCAGUGCCUUCAAGACAUGUCUUUUUGUAGUCAGAAAAACAGAGAUCAAUGCAUUUUCAAACUGACAGAGGGAACGGAUGCUCCUUAGUAGCACAUGCUCGGGAUCGUGUGUGUACCGUUUGUGCAGAGCAGAGACGCUGAAUACUGGUCCAUAUGCUCCUUGUUUACUGCAAUGUUUUUUGCAUGUUACUGUGCACUCCGGACUAAUGUGAAGAAAUAUCGUUAUCAAGAUGAGGAUGCUCCACAUGACCAUACUUUGCCUCGUUUAACCCAUGAAGUGAGAGGCCCAGAGCUUGUUCACGUGUCAGAGAAGAACUUGUCUCAAAUAGAGAAUGUCCAUGGAUACGUGUUACAGUCGCACAUUUCUCCUUUGAAGGCAAGCCCUGCCCCUAUAAUUGUCAACACAGACACCUUGGACACAAUCCCUUAUGUCAAUGGAACAGAAAUUGAAUAUGAAUUUGAAGAAAUUACUUUGGAGAGGGGAAAUUCCGGCCUGGGGUUCAGUAUUGCUGGAGGAACAGAUAACCCACACAUUGGGGAUGAUCCUGGGAUAUUCAUUACUAAGAUCAUACCAGGAGGAGCUGCAGCAGAGGAUGGAAGACUCAGGGUCAACGACUGCAUCCUGCGCGUGAACGAGGUGGACGUGUCGGAAGUGUCGCACAGCAAAGCCGUGGAGGCGCUGAAGGAGGCUGGCUCCAUCGUGAGACUCUACGUCCGGCGAAGAAGACCGAUACUGGAGACCGUCGUAGAGAUCAAGCUCUUCAAAGGACCGAAAGGUCUAGGAUUCAGUAUUGCAGGAGGGGUGGGAAACCAACACAUCCCUGGGGACAACAGCAUUUAUGUCACCAAGAUUAUUGAUGGGGGAGCUGCACAAAAAGAUGGCAGAUUGCAGGUUGGAGAUCGACUUCUUAUGGUAAAUAAUUACAGUUUAGAAGAAGUUACCCAUGAAGAGGCAGUAGCAAUACUGAAGAACACAUCAGAUGUAGUGUAUCUGAAAGUUGGAAAGCCUACCACCAUUUACAUGACAGAUCCAUAUGGCCCACCAGAUAUUACUCACUCUUAUUCUCCACCAAUUGAAAAUCAUAUACUCUCUUCUGGAAACAAUGGCACUUUAGAAUACAAGACAUCCCUGGCCCCUAUUUCACCAGGAAGAUACUCACCCAUUCCAAAGCACAUGCUUGUGGAGGACGACUACACCAGGCCUCCUGAACCUGUUUACAGCACUGUGAACAAACUGUGUGAUAAACCACCUUCUCCUAGGCACUAUUCCCCUGUCGAGUGUGACAAAAGCUUCCUUCUUUCAGCUCCCUACCCCCACUACCACGUAGGCCUGCUCCCUGACUCUGAGAUCACCAGUCAUUCCCAGCACAGCACUGCAACACGUCCACCCACAGUGAGCUUGCAGAGGACCAUUUCUGUGGAAGGAGAGCCUCGAAAAAUCAUCCUGCACAAGGGCUCCACAGGACUUGGUUUCAACAUUGUGGGAGGCGAAGACGGGGAAGGCAUUUUCGUGUCUUUCAUCCUCGCAGGUGGGCCUGCGGAUCUCAGCGGAGAACUGCAGCGAGGAGAUCAAAUCUUAUCUGUGAACGGCAUCGAUCUCCGAGGGGCGACCCAUGAGCAGGCUGCGGCUGCGCUCAAGGGAGCGGGGCAGACAGUAACCAUCAUAGCACAAUACCAGCCGGAGGAGUACGCUCGAUUUGAGGCAAAAAUCCAUGACCUGCGUGAGCAGAUGAUGAAUCACAGCAUGAGUUCUGGGUCUGGCUCCCUGAGGACUAAUCAGAAGAGGUCACUGUAUGUCAGAGCCAUGUUCGACUAUGACAAGAGCAAAGACAGUGGCCUCCCAAGCCAAGGACUCAGUUUCAAGUAUGGAGACAUCCUUCACGUCAUCAACGCCUCGGAUGACGAAUGGUGGCAGGCGAGGAGGGUCACUCUGGAGGGGGACAGUGAGGAGAUGGGAGUCAUACCCAGCAAGAGGAGAGUUGAAAGAAAGGAGCGUGCACGUUUGAAGACGGUGAAAUUCAACGCGAAACCCGGUGUAAUUGAUGCAAAAGGGUCAUUCAAUGACAAGCGUAAAAAGAACUUCAUCUUUUCACGAAAAUUCCCAUUCUACAAGAGCAAGGAGCAGAGUGAGCAGGAAACAAGUGAUCCAGAACGAGGCCAAGAGGACUGCAUCCUUUCUUAUGAACCUGUCACAAGACAGGAAAUUAAUUACACCAGGCCAGUUAUUAUUCUGGGUCCUAUGAAAGAUCGGAUCAAUGAUGAUUUGAUAUCUGAGUUCCCUGAUAAGUUUGGGUCAUGUGUACCACAUACCACACGGCCAAAGCGUGACUAUGAAGUGGAUGGGAGAGAUUAUCAUUUUGUCAUUUCAAGAGAACAAAUGGAAAAAGAUAUCCAAGAGCACAAAUUUAUAGAAGCUGGGCAGUACAAUGAUAAUUUGUAUGGAACUAGUGUCCAGUCUGUGAGAUUUGUGGCAGAAAGGGGCAAGCACUGUAUACUUGAUGUGUCAGGAAAUGCUAUCAAACGGCUACAAGUUGCACAACUCUAUCCCAUUGCUAUCUUCAUUAAGCCCAAAUCAUGGGAGCCUCUGAUGGAAAUGAAUAAACGUCUUACAGAGGAGCAAGCAAAGAAAACCUAUGAUCGAGCAAUUAAAUUAGAACAAGAAUUUGGAGAAUAUUUCACAGCUAUUGUCCAAGGAGAUAGCUUAGAAGAUAUAUAUAAUCAAUGCAAACUUGUAAUUGAAGAACAAUCUGGGCCUUUCAUCUGGAUUCCUUCAAAGGAAAAAUUAUAAAUUAGCCACUGCACCUCUGAUUACGACGGGAGAAUAUUUAGAAGAAAACUAUAAUAUACUAUUUGGAGGCUUUCCUGUUUUUGUUGCAUUUAUGUUCUUUGCAGUCAAUGUGAAUUUUGAUGAAUGUACAACACAAAGUGUUUGAAGCCAUGAAGGACACUGAUGGGUCAAAGGGUAGGAACAAAAAGACUUCUACCAUGUAAAGCAAAUAUGUUGUGUGCUCAGAGCACGAGUUGUAGGUAUAAACUUUUGACAUGGAGACCCUCUGUCAAGGGGAGCUAAGCCACCUCCUGUGCCCACGCGGACAUUUUGGUCAAUUUCAAUGGCUGAGCUCAGUGUGUUGAUUGCUUUAGAGAAGUUCCCAGCUCUUGAACCUCAUAGAGGGCUUGAUCCUGCAAGGCGCUCAGCACUUGACCCCAGUUCCCACACAUGAGUAGCCUGUUGACUUGGAGUCACUUGUGACCCUUCCCUAUGCCAUUCAGUCCCACCAGUUCCAGUAGGACUAUCCACGUUCUCAAAGCUAAGCACAGGCUUAAGCAUUUUUGCUAGAUCAGGGCCACACGCACCUUGCAAAAUCAAGCUCAGAAUAUUUGGUCCACUUCCUACUGAGGUCACUGUUAGGACACUCUGUGACCUGACUGGGAGGUGGGUCCUGUUCCAAGCUUGUCAUUGCACAUUUGUAGUUGGUACACCUCGACUUUGGUAACUAUGCACAUCUUUUGAUUUCUGAAACCAAGUCAAGCAUUUCUUUUUUCCCCUUUGGAAGCACUAUUGCAUUAGGAACUACCAACAAUAUGGUUUAUUUUGAUGGUGUUUAGGGGUGGGAGAGGAUGGAAGCAUUUCACAUCACACACACGUGCACACAAACACAUUCCCAUGCAGACACACAUGUAUGAGGAUUCACAGCACCUAUGUUAACAAGGAGGGAUACAACUGGGAAAAGCUUUAAAAUUUUUGAUUGUCUAUUUUAUCAUUUAUAUUGAUAGAAGGCACUUAAAGAUGGAAUAAUUUAUAAAAAUAAAAAUAUAUUGAUGUAUAGAAAC